UCGGUCCCACACUCCGCCAAUAACAUGGAGAGAUAUUUGUUGAGACAAUCGCGGGGAAUGGGCAAACAUGAUCCAAACGGUCGAUACCACGGUCGUACACUAGUCCAUUGGCAUCGUAAGUUCUAUUUCCUUCACUCAGGAUGUUCGAAUGUCUAGAUCGAGGCUCCGCCCCCAAUCAAAACGUGUCUCCCGUGGUUUCUAAGCUCACACUCCGUCGGUAGGUCCUCGUAUGAUGGAAAAGCUUCUAGUGUUCCUUUUGUACGAGUGCCACCAACGAUCGGUGCCAAUCCCAUGGGACCACAUCGUCCACCGCCUUCAACCUGGAUCCAGCGGUCCUUCUGCUGUCCAAUACAUCGAAAAGAUGAGAUAUAAGCUCAUCGCUGAAGGCCAUAUUGUCCCACCGACCAAGACUAAGCCAUACCUCCCCAUGGAUCCGAAUGUGCGAGCUCUUGUUCGUGCCGAUCCCAAUGGCCCGCCAGGAAAGGUCCGUAUUGUGAGAUGGGACGAGCACAUUGAACAUCUCAAGAAGAGCCUAGAUAACCCAGGAAUCAGCAAUGGUUCUGGUCGGUAUCGCCGUGGACCAGAUGGUCGACGAAGCACAGCAGGCGCUCGCCGCGAUGAGCCACAGUUGAAGGUUGAGUAUCCUGAAGAGUAUCUGGCAAACGCCAAGGCAAUCGCGGACAGUGUCUCUGCCGAGAAGACCAAGGCACGUCGUCAGCGAGCAAAGGACAAGAAGCGCAAGCGAAUGGAACAAAGCCAGUCAGACGCGGAAGAGCGAGGAGAGGUUGCUGAUCCAGCUGACUUGACCGAGGACUCAGAAUAUGUCCCAGCCGCAAAGAAGACUAGGACUAGGCGCUCUCUUAGGAAAUCUCGCUCUAAGGUUGAGACAAGAGAUGAGGUCGAAGAAGAACACACCACCUAUGCAGUGAUGCAGUUUGGCUCAACGGAUGAAGUAACAUCCAACGAGACGUCCUCCUUGCCCAUCAAGCUUUCCAUAUCCCCUGAUAAAUUGGCAAGUUUCCCUCCCGGCCACUCUGGCAGCCCAGCUCCCGAGAACCAAAACGGCGAUGUCGAGGACGAUGAUGCUGAGGAAUGCGAUGCCGAGGAAGGCGAUGCUGAGGAAGAUGGUGCUGAGGAAAGCGAUGCUGAGGAUGAUGAUGCAUCCGAUCCCGACCUGCGAAAGGACUUCGGAUCCAGCCCCGAGUUUGAUGAAUAUGAGGAGAAGGAUGGUGAAGUCGAAGAUGAAGACCACAUGGAGGCCCAGCAGGGCGCUGUUGAAUACGGCGGCAUCAAUGAGCACGGCACAUUACAACAGUACUUCGACUCCCGCCAGAACAACGGCUUUGAACCUGGCUCUGAAGAUGAUGUGUUUGGUGGUUUGCAGCGAUAUGGCAUGGACCGACAAAACCCUUGGAAUCAAUUCCCUGCUGCAGCAUCAUCGUACUCCGUAAGUUCUAACUUCUCUGGUAGCUUUGACCUUGGUUAAUGUGAGUGUAGCAAGCUUCUGGCUACAUGUCCACAAAUCGAUUUGCUUCGCCUCAGCAAGAUGAUUACCACAUGAACGGUCGUUUCGAUCAUGAAGACCAGGCUCAGGUAGCUUCCCAGCACACUGGCAUGACCUACCACCAGCCUGAGAACGAUUUAGGCGUCUACGAGGACGAAGAACAGCAUUCUGGUAUGUUGGGAUUGGCUGGAA